AUGGAGAGGGUGUACGCAACUCCUGGCAGUAACAUAUUCAUAUGGCUCGAGGUCUUGAGAGUUGAUGAGAAAAGGAAGGCGAGUGCUCGCUUGAACAAGCUCGGUCCUCACUUGUAUAACGAUCAUAAAAACCAAAUAGCCAGCCAGCAGCAGCAACUUCACCAUUACGUCGGUUAUGAUAUAUGGGAAGAUAUACGACUGAUAUAA